CUCAGUUUGUUUGUAGUGAGUAGAGUAAACAAUAACAAACUCUAUGACGGAGUGACAGACUAGUGUUUAACAUAAAAUUAAUAUACCAGUAAAGCGAGUUUGACUGUAUUCUAUAGUUUGUAUUUAAUAGUAGUUUAAAUUGUUACAUUUAUGAACAUGAAUAUUAAAUAGCAGUAAGGAUUUAUUUCAUAACUUACAAUACCUAGUAAGUUGACUUAACCACAUUUCUGUACAUAGUACAUAUAUUUUGUUUUAUUUAAAUCCUUAUAUUUUCUCUAUCUACUAAAAAGCUUUAUUUGCUAGAUAUUUGCAAUCAUGGAAGGAAGGAACAAAAUAAUGCUUGAUGUGGACCCAUCAAUAAUGGAGAAAAAUUUGCUACUUGAGGAUCUGAAAGAUGAUGAAUUGGAUUCUUUGAUUUCAACAUUAAAAGACCAACAAGCUAAAGUUUCCAGUAAUGAUCAACCAUGGAAAUUAGUCAAACCCUCUCCAGGAUUUGUUGUGAAAACUCGAACUGAGGGUGGAGAAAAGAUCUUUCUGAAUAUAUGCCAUACAGAUGAGAUUCCUGCCCCCCAGGAUAUUUGUGAUGACAAACUGCUAGAGAUUAUGAAAUCUGACGAGCCAUCCACGUAUCGUCUGCCUCUGAGUAUUGGCGACCUCCACGAGGAACCGGAUAAGUCUGGCAAACCAAGUUCUGUGUAUGAUAUCGCCAUUAAUUCUGACUUCUUCCACAAAAUAGAGAGCAACAUGCUGUUCCGCUCUUUCCUGCUGCAGGUUGCUCUGGAGGGUGUGGCUGAUAAAUACAACAAGCAUAUAGAUUAUAAUGAUUUUGUAAUUCUCAAAAACCGCAAGAUAAUGGGAUCACUACAGCACCAUAGAAUACAGCAACGAGGACCCACAGCCAAGAAAGUGCUGAUAGAGGAAGUGAAAUCAAGCAAGCCAUUUGGCAGCGAACCUAGGUUCCAAAUAAUCAGGGACCCACCUAAAGGAGAUCCACAAUUGUUGACUGUACAAGUCCAUGUGAAAGAAGCAAGCUCCGGCAAGAAUCUGCUACUGGACGUGGGGGAGGACAGACUGGUGCUGCGCUCUGCGAAGAGAACUGGCUCUCUUCUGGACAUAUUCCUGCCUUACUCAGUGGACCAGGACCAUACUUGUGCUCACUUUGAUCUGGAGUCACAGGUCCUGUCUGUGGAGCUUCCUGUCAUUUCAGUAGGAAACUAAUGAAGAUACCCUCCAUUAUCUUUUAUUAAGUAAUGAUAAUUUUCAUCAUUUUUUUUAAAUAUUCAUUAAAUUUUUGAUUUGUUUAAUUUAUACAGUUAUUUUAAGAAAUAAAUUGUUGUUGCAACAAAUUUC